AUGCGUUGCAUUGUUGUCGCUUUUUUCUUGCUAGAUGCUUCUGGAUAUGCUAGCCCAUCCUGGAGUUCCGAUGAAUUAGCCAUGUACGACUUGGUUGAGGCUGUGAACGCGAAUUUCUACGAGUUAUUCGGUAUUGGGCAGUUGCAGUUAGUAUUACGUAUAUCGAGACAAAAACGUAAAAAAUACCAAGAUGCAUCUACGGCAGAAGUUAAGAAGGCGUACCGCAAGCUCAGUCUGGAGUGGCAUCCUGAUCGAAACGAUGCGCCUAAUGCUACUGCGAUGUUCAGACAAGGCAAAAUACGACAACGUCUUGAAAUAUGGUUUGCCAGAUUGGAGACAACCAAUUUAUUAUUACAGAAUCCAUGUCUUUUGAUUGGUUUCAGAAAGAUGAGAAAGUUAAGUUGCUAUGAAGCUGUAUUGGUUCUCACUAUUGUUUCAACUGUAGCUCAUUAUUUUAUGAUGUGGGCUUCAUACUACGAGAAGUAUCUAGUCUUAUCACAGACUCUUCGCAAAUCGAGGAGGCGUGAUAAAAGGGAGGAAAAUGAAGGAUCUUCGCAGCAGCUAAGAGAAGCUUUAUCUAUUUACCGUCCCCAGUUUCGCGCCUUAUUGCCGUUUCUCGUCGUCAAGGAACUAUGGAGGUUUUUCACUAUGCUUCAGAUGGUUAUACAAGAGCACAUGUCCGCCGUAGAACCCGUUCAAGAGCAAAACAUGCAUGAAAAUCGUAGAGUAACGCCGGUUGUUCGAUCUCCGGAAUUCACGUACGAAAUGGCGACUGAUUUGAAAGCUGUCAGCCCCAACGAUCCUGGAUUGUGUGCCAAGUACCGUAAUGAAUCUGAGGAAAACAGUAAAAAACAAAGUGGCGAUAUUUGGUCGUGUGAAGAAUUAUACCAGUUGUGGAUUAUUUUGGGCACACCAAAUCGGUGGGAGCGAGUAGCUUGUGUCCUUAAUCGAACUGCGCAAGACGUAACUGCAAUGGCUGCCAAAUUGAAACAGAUUAAACAGGAAGACUUUGCAAAACUGGCAAUGGGUCAACAGUCAAAUGCAGUCUUCGAUAUUCGGAAUGGAAAAUCUCUUGAGUUCUCCUUUGCCGAUAGGUCACGCCUACCAGUAAAUCAGUUGACUACGGAAUGGUCACAAACCGAACAGAAGCAAUUGGAGGCCGCCCUUCAGCAAUAUCCCAAAGGCUGUGACAAUAGAUGGGAUAGAAUCAGUGCAGCUGUACCAACGAAGUCAAAGGAACAGUGCCAAGAACGGCUCAAAGAGCUCGUUGAAUUUGUGAGACGGAAAAAGGCAAGAAUGACUUAG